AGUCAACAAACAAAGUUUUUGUAAGUACUUUUUAUGAUGAACUUAAAAUUGUAAUAACUAUAUUUAAAAAAAAAUGGCUUUAAAUCGCAUGGGUUCUUCACAUCCUAUUUAUAAAUUCGCUCUUAAAUUGAAGUUAAUUGCAAAUAAAAAUACACUUCCGCAAGUUCCUUUCUACAUUCCCUGGAGAGCAAUAACCUUGCGCGGCAAUUUCAAAGCGCUAUAUUUUAAUUUUAUUUCAUUAAUUGUUUAUCAAGCAAACGUAACGGACGCACGCUCUUCCUGCAACUCGACGAGUAAAUAUCAGGAUAAUCAGUGUUCGAAAAUGCAGCCCAUUAUCAUCGUGCAUGGUGGCGCCGGCGACAUUCCUCAAAGUCGGGUUAAGGGCAAGUUGGACGGGGUUAAGGCGGCCGUGACGGCGGGACACGAGUGCCUUAUGAGCGGGGGAAGUGCCUUGGAUGCUGUUGAGGCAGCCGUCGUUUAUAUGGAGAAAGACGAGAACUUUAACGCUGGUUACGGAUCAGUUUUAAACCUCCGGGGUGAAGUGGCGAUGGAAGCCAGUAUAAUGCGUGGAGAGGAUCUGAACGCGGGAGCUGUCACGCUGAUCAAGGAAUUCCUGCACCCCAUCAGCAUUGCCUACAAAGUUCUCACCGACUCGCCGCAUUCCUUCUUAGGAGGCGAAGGCGCUAAACUUUUUGCAUUAGAAAAGGGUUUUAAAACGGUACCGCCUGAAUCCUUAAUCAGCGAAAAUGCAAAAAAAGCUUUAGAAAAUUUCUUAAAACAUGGAGAUUUCGGUAGAACCGAAAUUGGACCACAAGAGGGUGGAGUGGGAACUGUAGGUGCUGUGGCAAUAGAUUCUAAAGGUCAUGUGGCAGUAGCCACCAGCACUGGGGGCAUGAGUGGAAAGGCAGUGGGUAGGAUAGGCGACACUCCUCAAAUCGGCAGCGGCACCUAUGCCGACGACAACGUUGGAGGCGUUUCUACCACGGGGCAUGGAGAGUCCAUUCUUAAGUACUGUUUGGCUCAUAGUAUUAUAAAGCUUAUGGAAGGUGGGAUGGAUGCGAACAAGGCUACAACUGAUGCCGUAAAUGGAAUGACUGCUCGGCUUCUGAACACCGCUGGUGCGAUUACUCUAUCAAAAGAUGGCGAUGUGGGUAUUCAUUUCAGUUCGAAAAGAAUGUCUUGGGCGUACGUAAAGGAUGAUCAAAUUUAUUACGGCAUCGAACAAGGGGAGACGCUUAAAGAACCGUACUGUCCUAAGAAUAAUUAAUACGGUCAUGUUUAAGCAGAGGCGCUCGUACACGUAUCAAACAUCGCAUAAUUACUUAAGAUAUAUAUAGACAUGUACUAUCAAAUGUAUGUCAAAUAUGGGAUCAAUUAUGAUUGAUUUUGGAUUUGUGAAGCAUUUUGUAUAGAUAUUUAAAGUUAUGAGAUUUCUUGGUAUUGAGAUAAAAUGUAAAAAUUAGGGAAUUAUUUAUUUCUAUACAGUGUUGAUAAUUGUUAAGGUGCUUAAUUAAAAAAAAAUACUACCUUG